AUGUAUAGUGGGGAUGAGAAAGGUCGAUUUGGGAGUGAUCUAUCUAUCUAUCUAUCUAUCUAUCUAUCUAUCUAUCUAUCUAUCUAUCUGUCUGUCUGUCUGUCUGUCUCAGUCCUAUCUACCUCAGUCCUAUCUAUCUAUCUAUCUAUCUAUCUAUCUAUCUAUCUAUCUAUCUAUCUAUCUAUCUAUCUCAAUCUACACAUUAGAUCUCUCUCUCUCUCUGUCACUUUAAAAAUCCCAUUGUUCAUAUCUAUCUAUCUAUCUAUCUAUCUAUCUAUCUAUCUAUCUCUUUCUGUUCAUAUCUAUCUCUUUACCUCUCUCUAUCUCAUUCUGUUCAUAUCUAAGUCUACUCAUUAUCUAUCUAUCUAUCUAUCUAUCUAUCUAUCUAUCUUAUUCUUCUACUCAUUAUCUAUCUAUCUAUCUAUCUAUCUAUCUAUCUAUCAUCUAUCUAUCUAUCUCAGUUUCUUCAUAUCUAUUUUGAUAAUGAACGAACACCUGCUUUUUUUUUUUAAAUCGGAAAUGUCACCGUUUGCAAGAGUUUCUUCCUCCGUAAUCUUGGAGAUGGGAAUCAUAGACUAUCUGUCUGUUUGUCUGCCUAUCUAUCUAUCUAUCUAUCUAUCUAUCUAUCUAUCUAUCUAUCUAUCUAUACUUCUAUUCUUUCACUAUUUCAGUUUACCCCUCUCUCUAUCCAACACCCCCUCCCGCCGCUCGCUUAUCCAUAUUAUGCCACACGUCGCAGCCACUCAUUUCGUAAGUAGAGAAAUGACCGUAACAAUUCGCAGAACAUCUCUCCGUCUCAUUCUUUUUGAAAGACUUGUAAAUCGUCUAUUUCUCCCUCCACAGCCUCUUCUUACUCCUGUUUUUCUUUAUUUCUCACCGAUAUUUUCACCCGGUUCUGUUCGUCUUUUGUUCGUGUUAGAUGUCACUUUUCAAUGUUCUCUGACUUUUGUUUUCGUCACUGUUGCCGUCGUCUCUCUUGCUCGUUCGGGCAGGACAGCCAAUUUGUAUUUGCCGCUCCACCUUUUCACGCCAACCCCAAGUCGUUAA